CUCUGGCAGGCUGCUCUGGCCACGCUCAAUCCCAACCCCACGGACAGCUGUCCCCUCUACCUGAACUACGCCACCGUGGCGGCCUUGCCCUCCAGGGUGAGCCGGCACAACAGCCCCUCGGCUGCCCACUUCAUCACCCGGCUGGUGCGGACCUGCUUGCCCCCCGGAUCCCAGCGCUGCAUCCUGAUGGUCUGCGAGCAGUCGGACAUCUUCGCAUCCGCCUGCGCCCUGGCCCGGGCCUUCCCGCUCUUCACCCACCGCUCAGGGGCUUCCCGUCGCUCGGAGAAGAGGACUGUCACAGUGGAGUUUUUCCUGGUGGGACAGGACAACGGGCCAGUGGAGGUGUCCACAUUGCAAUGCUUAGCAAAUGCCACGGAAGGUGUGCGGCUGGCAGCCCGCAUUGUGGACACGCCCUGCAAUGAGAUGAACACAGACAUCUUCCUUGAGGAGAUUAACAAGGUUGGAAAAGAGCUGGGAAUUGCCCCAACCAUCAUCCGGGAUGAGGAGCUGAAGACAAGAGGAUUUGGAGGGAUCUACGGUGUCGGCAAGGCUGCCCUGCACCCCCCUGCUCUGGCCGUCCUCAGCCACACCCCCGACGGCGCCACGCAGACCAUCGCGUGGGUGGGCAAGGGCAUCGUCUAUGACACCGGGGGCCUCAGCAUCAAAGGGAAGACCACCAUGCCAGGCAUGAAGCGAGACUGCGGGGGUGCUGCGGCCAUCCUGGGGGCCUUCAGAGCCGCCAUCAAGCAGGGCUUCAAAGACAACCUGCAUGCCGUGUUCUGCUUGGCAGAGAAUGCAGUGGGGCCCAACGCCACCAGGCCAGAUGACAUCCACCUGCUGUACUCAGGAAAGACUGUAGAAAUCAACAACACAGAUGCGGAGGGCAGGCUGGUGCUGGCCGAUGGUGUAUCUUACGCCUGUAAAGACCUGGGAGCUGACAUCAUCCUGGACAUGGCCACGCUGACUGGGGCUCAGGGCAUCGCCACGGGGAAGUACCACGCAGCAGUGCUCACGAACAGCGCUGAGUGGGAAGCGGCCUGUGUGAAGGCCGGCCGCAAGUGUGGGGACCUGGUGCACCCCCUGGUCUACUGCCCCGAGCUGCACUUCAGCGAGUUCACUUCGGCCGUGGCUGACAUGAAGAACUCCGUGGCGGACCGUGACAACAGCCCCAGUUCCUGUGCUGGCCUCUUCAUUGCUUCGCACAUCGGCUUCGACUGGCCCGGGGUCUGGGUCCACCUGGACAUCGCCGCGCCGGUGCAUGCUGGCGAGCGAGCCACUGGCUUUGGCGUGGCCCUUCUGCUGGCGCUGUUCGGCCGAGCCUCCGAGGACCCCUUGCUGAACCUGGUGUCCCCCCUGGGCUGUGAGCCUGACGUAGAGGAGGGCGAUGUGGGGAGGGACUCCAAGAGACGCAGGCUUGUGUGAGGCGAGUGUCGGCCUCAGCCUGGUGACACAGGGCUCUUUACCUCACUUUGCACUGAUGAAUUUUAAGCAGUUGAAAGAUUAGACCUUCCGGUGGGUUCCGGCUUGUUUUCGGUUUGUCACUGGUGGUGAUGGAAACGGUCCAUUCGUACAUCUUGGAAGGCAGGCUGGGCUCUGGCGGGGGCCACAGCAGGCGCUGGGGGGCAUGGGGGCUUGUUUCUGUGUGAGUGACCCGCAGGUGUCCCCCGGUGGCUUCAACACUGUACCCUCCCUGGGCCCUCUCGUGCAGCCUGGGCCCACAGCUUCCCACCUGAACCAUGCUUGCUGGGGGGGCCCCACCUUGUCUCGGGGGAGUCCGUGCUGGCUCCUUGAAUUCACUUGAAGUUGGAUUAAAUGCCGUCAUGCCACA